UUUGUGACAGUCCUGUGGCAUGGGUCAAUUACUCAUUUAACAUACUCGCAUCAUACUAUCUCUUGGGCCAGAACUCCAUUGGUCGAAAAGGCAAAUUUGGCCGAAGCUAAGCCAGGAAUAUCUCACGGCCAUAUUAUUAUUAGUUUCAUGCCAACCAUUGAUUUUCUCCAAGUCAAACUUCCGCGGUCGUGGCUUUUUGUACCCCUGGCGAAAUGAACCAGAUGGAAAUGCCGAAUUCUAAAGCCGAAUUGCCGGCCAUUUUGUUCUGCUCGAUAUGUGACAAGCCUUUCUCCAAGGAAGCGCAAUGGAAACGACAUAUCGCAUAUUGCCGAAAAGCGACUGGGCGGACGCGUCCGCGAUCGUGUCGCGCGUGUAACCAAUCAAAAAUAAAAUGUGAUUUCCAGCCUCGGUGCAACCAAUGCAAGCGCAAGGGUAUUCAGUGCAUAUACGAUCAGAAUAGCACGAAAAAAGCCCAGCAAAAAUGCAAGAAAGGUGUCAAUGACGAAGCUAAUCUUGACCACGUCCGCAGCCCUGAUCCUGGACGAGCCCCAUUAGAGUUGGCUUUCUCAGACUUAGAGCCUUUCUCAAGCCAUUCUAACUCCGGCAUAUUGCCAGUAGAAACAACUAGUGAAGUCCUUCGAGGUGGAUUUCACGGAGACAUUCUCCAUAAAAAGCGCCCCACAAAUCUAUUUACGUUUGAUAAGUUCGCAAGGAGAGCUGGGAAUGAUGUUUUGGGCGAAACCGACUGGUUGGUUUCUGAUGAGGUAUAUCCAGAAAUAUCUCAGCAUGAGUUCUUUAGCAACCAACAACGGAACAUGGAGGCAUUAUAUCUCGGAAACACUGCUUCUGUUUUUAAUGAGUUAUCACCCUUCUUGGCCUCGACAGAAAUUGUUGGUCGCAACUUCACAAAGAACAGAUUCAGCUCAACCAGCCAACUUUAUGCCAAUAUGAUCAUUGAUAUGAUUCGCACAUAUCCUCAGAUGAUGAUUCGGCGAGAGACAUUCCCACCUUUUGUGCAUCCUCACUUAGAAAAUGAUGCACAUGGUGAAGGAUUACCAUUUCCCCUGGAGAAUUGUAUGGGCAUUUCCCACCUAUUUGCGUUGAGAGAUACGGAAAGUCAGUCAUUUCCUUGGUCGAUCGUUCUGACUGAGAUGAAUAGUUUCAUCAACAAGUUUGCAGUCUUGUCAAAGAACGAGGCACUCGCCGCUUUGGAAGCAUCCCUGAUGUAUCUCAUCAUGCGAGCAACGUCGCGAGGUAGUGCAGCGCAGGACUCAAUGGAAGAUACUGAAAUGAUCCUUAUUCAUCAGACUAUUUGCAAGCGAGCUAUUGAGCUAUCCGAUGGAUUUAACACUACAGAAAUGGCAAUGGCCAACCGUAAAUGGAAAGAAUGGAUUUUCAGGGAGUCCUGCCGAAGGGUUGUAUGUGUAUGGUUCGCCAUCAGCCUAGUAUUCUGUGUUCAAGCUGGGAUUCCAUGUCAUAUGACAAGCGCCUUUCGAGAAAUGGCUCUUCCGUCAACAAAGACAGAAUGGGAGGCGAGUAACGAAACCCAAUGGCAGGCAGAGUACAAAUCGGCCGAAGCACGAAGAUCUCAACUAAGUCGAUUCGCCGAUUUAUUAAGUGCGUAUGAGAUUGGUGAUAUUGCGAAAUUGAAUAGCUGGAAUGCUGGUAUUGAUAAUCUAGGGAUCCUUCUAAACCUUGCUCUCCAUGUGGUAGCGCAAAGGUGAAGAUAUAAAAAUAAUGAUUUAAAGCUAUGCUAUAAUCACGUCAAAUCCAAAGAAAUAUUACGACUACCAUGGUAAUUCUGCCCCAUUAUAUUGAUUAGGGCCUUCUUUUUGCUCCCAUCCCUCAACGUGGAUAUUGAAGAAUUUACCGUUAUCCUUUUCGGUCUUGUUGUGUACAAUAUUCAAGGUUGCCCUGGCUCCGACCUCAACAGGGAGGUCUGCUGCCUCGCCGCCCAGCUCCGUCUUUAACCACUAUAUAGUAAUUCAACUGGUCAGACGUUAUUAUUCAUGUUUGAUUUUCAUUGAUAAAAUAACGAAAUACUCACACCUGGGCUAACUGCAAUGAAGAUAAACCCAUCCUUGCCAUGCUCAAGUGCAUACUGCAUUGUCAACAUAUUCAAUGCCGCUUUGGUGAUUUUGUAGGCUGGCGUC